GGUGUUGCUUUUUAGAAGGACAAUGGGGCACUUCCCUCUCCUGGGGCACAAGCCCCUUGUGCGCAAGUGUAAACCUUUAAGAUGUCUCUCAGCAAUAGAAAGCAAGUGAGCACUUCAGCACUGAGGAAAAUCGCUGCCGACAUGAGUAACUUAAUCGAAAAUCUGGACUCAAGGGAGCUUCAUUUUGAAGGGGAAGAAUUGGAUAGUGAUGUGGUACAUGAUCCAAAAGCUCCUGAAGUGGGCAUUCCAUUCUCAGCCAUUUAUAACACUAAAGGAUUUAAAGAGCCACACGUGCAGCUCUACCUAACCGGGUGUCCAGUCCGAGUACGGGUUCUAGAAGUGGAGCGUUUUACGUCAACAACCAAGGUGCCAAGCCCCCGUGUUUACACCAUUGAGCUGACCCAUGGGGAGUUUAUAUGGCAAGUGAAAAGGAAAUACAAGCAUUUUCAGGAGCUGCAUAGAGAACUCCUUCGAUACAAAGCUUUUAUCCGAAUUCCCAUCCCAACACGAAGACACACUGUGCAGAGACAGACUGUCAAAAGGGGAGAAGCAAGACAAAUGCCGAGUCUUCCACGCACCUCUGAAAACAUGGUCAGAGAAGAUCAUCUCUCCAGUAGAAGAAAACAACUGGAAGAUUAUCUCGCAAAUCUCUUAAAAAUGCCCCUGUACAAGAAUUAUCAUGGAACAAUGGAAUUCCUUGGUGUAAGUCAGUUGUCAUUCAUCCAUGAUCUAGGACCUAAAGGCAUAGAGGGUAUGAUUAUGAAAAGAUCUGGAGGACACAGGAUUCCUGGCUUGAACUGUUGCGGGCAAGGAAGGUUAUGCUACCGAUGGUCAAAAAGGUGGUUAGUGGUAAAAGACUCUUUCUUAUUGUACAUGAAACCAGACAGUGGAGCUGUUUCUUUUGUCCUCCUGGUUGAUAAAGAAUUCAGCAUAAAGAUUGGCAAGAAGGACACAGAAACUAAAUAUGGGUUACGAAUUGAUAAUCUUUCCAGGUCACUGAUUUUGAAGUGCAACAGCUACAGACAUGCUCUCUGGUGGGGCCAAGGAAUAGAAGAAUUCAUUCAGAAAAAUGGCAAGAACUUCCUCAGACAUCACAGAUUUGGUUCCUACGCAGCCAUCCAGGAGAACACAUUAGCCAAGUGGUAUGUAAAUGCCAAGGGGUACUUUGAAGACGUAGCGAAUGCCAUGGAAGCUGCCAAGGAAGAGAUUUUCAUCACAGAUUGGUGGCUGAGCCCCGAAAUAUUUAUGAAGCGGCCUGUGAUGGAAGGGAAUCGCUGGAGAUUAGACUGCAUUUUGAGGCGAAAAGCUCAACAAGGAGUGAGAAUCUUUGUGAUGCUCUACAAAGAGGUAGAGCUUGCUUUGGGUAUCAACAGUGAAUAUACCAAGAGGACUCUAAUGCGCCUACAUCCUAAUAUUAAGGUAAUGAGGCACCCUGAUCAUGUGUCAUCUACUGUUUAUUUAUGGGCCCACCAUGAAAAGCUGGUGAUCAUUGACCAAUCCGUAGCUUUUGUUGGUGGCAUAGAUUUGGCGUAUGGCAGAUGGGAUGACAAUGAGCACCGACUGACAGAUGUGGGCAGUGUGAAACGUAUGACAGCAGCCAAAUCUGAGUCUUCAGUGAAUCUUUCUGUAAGUAUGAUUUCUACAUCUUUAGCUGAAACUGUUCAACCUCAGAAGGAGCCUCCAGUAAUUACACCUCUUCAAGGAUGCAGUGACGAUGCCCCAGAAGCUUCAAGAAUGAAAGGAGUAGGGAGACCCAAGAAAUUUGCCAGAUUCAGCAUCUACAGACAGCUCCAUCGACAUACUAUGCAUCACGCAGAUAGCGUGAGCAGCGUAGACAGUGAUUCUUGUAAAGGCUCAGUUCGCAGUUUGAAGACAGGGGUUGGAGAGCUUCUUGGUGAAACUAGAUUCUGGCAUGGAAAAGAUUAUUGCAACUUGGUGUUUAAAGAUUGGGUCCAACUGGAUAAACCCUUUGCUGAUUUUAUUGAUCGCUACACCAUGCCAAGAAUGCCAUGGCAUGACAUUGCCUCUGUGGUCCAUGGCAAAGCUGCACGGAAUGUAGCUCGGCACUUCAUUCAACGUUGGAACUUCACAAAGAUGAUGAAAUCCAAAUACAGGUCCCUUUCAUACCCUUUCUUGUUGCCAAAAUCUCAGCGAACAGCUGAUGAGUUGAAGUAUCAAGUCCCCGAGGCUGUGUACACCAAAGUGCAGGUGCUUCGCUCUGCUGCCGACUGGUCUGCUGGUAUUAAGUACCAUGAAGAAUCGAUCCAUUCUGCUUACGUGAGCGUGAUAGAAAACAGCAAGCACUACAUCUAUAUAGAGAACCAGUUUUUUAUUAGCUGCGCCGACGACAAACUUGUGUCGAACCGAAUUGGUGAUGCCAUUGCACACAGAAUUCUCAAAGCUUACAGGGAAAACAAACGGUACCGAGUCUACGUGGUGAUUCCCCUGCUGCCUGGUUUUGAAGGUGAUAUUUCAACAGGAGGAGGCAAUGCUCUUCAGACCAUUAUGCAUUUUAACUACAGGACCAUGUGCAGAGGAGAAAAUUCAAUCUUGGGACAGCUGAAAGCUGAAAUUGGAGAUCAGUGGAUUAAUUACAUUUCAUUCUGUGGACUUCGCAACUAUGCCGAGCUGGAUGGGAAACUCAUUACUGAACUGAUCUAUGUCCACAGCAAGCUGCUGGUUGCUGAUGACAACACAGUCAUUAUAGGCUCCGCAAACAUCAAUGACAGAAGCAUGUUGGGGAAAAGAGACAGUGAAAUGGCUGUCAUUGUGGAGGAUACCGACACGGUUGCUUCAGUGAUGGAUGGGGAAGACUACAAAGCAGGAAGAUUUGCCCAAUCUCUUCGCCUUCAAUGUUUUAGGGUUGUUCUUGGCAGUUCAAUAGAUCUGAAUGAUAUCCAGGACCCCAUAAGUGACAAAUUCUUUAAAGAAGUGUGGGUUACAACAGCAGCACGCAAUGCCACUAUUUUUGAGAAGGUUUUCCGAUGUCUACCUAGCGAUGAAGUCAAUAACUUAACUCACCUGCGGGAUUUCAUCAAUAAACCAAAGCUUGCUUGCGAGAAUCCCACUAAAGCAGCUGAAGAACUGAAGAAAAUCCGUGGAUUUCUAGUUCAGUUUCCCUUUCGCUUCCUGGAUGAAGAGUAUUUGCUUCCCUCUGUUGGAACAAAAGAAUCCAUAGUGCCCAUGGAGACAUGGACUUAAGGAGAAAUCAGCUUGAAUU